GCGCAGCCUGGAUUUGGAUGGGGAUGGCGAGGUUGGUUUGGAGGCCCUGGCUCCAGUUGCAGCCGAGACUCUGGCUGGCUUCAAGCAGUGGGCCGUGGCGCACUACGGCACGGAUCUCGGCUCCUGCGCUCUGUUUUGGGCCUCUCCGAUGCUGACCGAGCUCCGGAAAGCUCCACAACGGCAAGGCCGUUGGCGCUCCGACAAGAAGAUGCUGUUGAGCGCCUUCGUGUCAGCGCUGCGUGACGCAGGGGCCAUCAAGCGAGGGGAGGGCUCUGGCCUCUUGGGCAGCUCCUUAGACUCGUAUGGCUGCGGCUUCGUGUGCCAGGAAGAUUUCGUGUGGCUAGAUGGCUGGCGUCCCGUGGAGUGGCUGACGGUCACCCCGAACCAGGAAGAGUGGGCGAUCAUGAAGGCGCUGCUGACACGUGUCGAAGGGCAUCCGCUCAAAGCUUGGCGGAAGCGCCUGGACAAAGACGACUCCAACACUGUCAGCUGGGUCGAGUUCCGGAGCGCCUUCGAGGAGCUGGGCUUCCGGGGGGACAUCGCCGGAGCUUGGAG